AUGGUACUGAGAGAGCUCAGAACGGAUGCUCUUGAGGACCUAUGCACCUAUGAGCAACUUGAACUUUUGAAUUCGGUUGACUCCCUGCGAUCUCAAGGAAUAAGUCAUUAUGUCUCCCUCCCCCAGAUUAUCGUUUGUGGAGACCAGUCUUCGGGCAAAAGCUCCGUAUUGGAAGCCAUUUCCGGGGUUUCCUUUCCUAUCAGAAGCAGUCUUUGUACACGGUUUCCCACAGAGCUUGUCCUCCGCAAGCAUCCACAAGCCAGCGUUAAAGUCUCCGUUGUCGCGCAUCAAUCACGCACUGAGAUGGAGCAAGAACGCCUGAACAGCUUCUGCGAGGAGCUUGAAGACUUUAAGGAACUUCCAAAUCUAAUCGAGAAUGCGAAGGCAGUCAUGGGAAUUUCGACACAUGGGAGGGCAUUUUCCAAUGAUAUCCUUCGCGUGGAGAUCUCCGGUCCCGAUAGACCUCAUUUGACGAUUGUGGAUCUUCCAGGCCUCAUUCAUUCGGAAACAAAGCUUCAAUCAGCUGCAGAUGUUCAGCUGGUUCAGGAUGUGGUCCAGUCCUACAUGCGGGAGCCGCGUUGUAUCAUACUCGCGGUAGUAUCGGCCAAAAAUGACUUUGCCAACCAGAUCGUUUUGCGGCUUGCCCGAAAUGCAGAUGAAGCUGGAACUCGAACCCUCGGGGUUAUCACAAAGCCAGAUACGCUAAUAGCGGAUUCUGAGAGUGAGGCUAUGUUCCUAUCCUUAGCCAAGAAUCAGGAGGUUGAGUUUAGGCUUGGCUGGCACGUGCUCAAGAAUAUGGAUUCAGAGAAGGGAAACUGGACACUGACAAGUCGAAAUAACGAGGAACGGAAUUUCUUCUUGCAAGGUGCAUGGGCCGACAUGCCACACAGUUUAGUUGGUAUUGACGCCCUACGCAGUCGACUUAGCAGAUUGCUUCUACGGCAGAUCGCCUCUGAGCUACCCAGCUUGAUUGACGAGAUUCGUGCCAAGAGCCAAGACUGCCAGUGUCGACUCGAGAAACUUGGAGAGCCUCGGAUCUCAAUAAACGAACAACGGUCUUACCUUCUGCAAAUCAGUCAAUCCUUCCAAUCCCUUAGUCGGGCUGCAGUUGAUGGUACAUACAAUGAACCCUUCUUUGAAGAUGUUCGGUUUGUGGAUGGUUACCCAAAGCGCUUGCGAGCUGUUGUUCAGAACUUGAGCGAAGAUUUCGCAGAUGACAUCACUAAGUACGGGGCUUAUCGCCGGCUCUGUUCUUCCCAUGAUGGAGCAUUUUCACCAGAAGGACAGCUUUUAGUCACCCGUGAUGAAUACAUCAGCCACAUCAAGUCUUUGCUUAAGAAAACAAGAGGCCGUGAGUUACCAGGAACGUUCAACCCGAUGAUCGUGCGGGACUUGUUCCUGGAGCAAUGCAGUCCAUGGGAAGGGUUGACAACAAGACAUACUACAACGGUCUGGGAAGCCGCAAGGGAGUUCCUUCGACUAGCUGUUGGUUACGUUGCAGAUGAAGCUACUGCAAAGGCUUUGCUUGAGGAGAUUAUCGUGCCUGCCUUGGAGGACCUGCGGCAAACACUACAGCAGAAGACAAAAGAAUUGCUUCUACCGCAUCAGAGGGGUCAUCCAAUUACUUAUAAUCAUUACUUCACAGAAACGCUGCAGAAGAUUCGUGCCCAGCGACGUGAGUGCAAUUUGCGUGAUAUCCUUGAAGACUUCUUCAACAUGGAUAACCUGGAAGGACCUUACUACUCUGGGAGCAACAUCUACCCUAAGCAGCUUCUAAAGAACCUGCUCGAAUCUUCUGAGCCUGACAUGGACCGUUUCUCGGCGUCGGAAGCACUGGAUUGUCUGCUCUCCUAUUAUAAGGUCGCUCUAAAACGAUUUGUCGAUGAUAUAGCAAAUGAAGUUAUUGAGGCUAAACUCGUAUCCGCGCUGCCUGGCAUCCUUUCUCCCGUCACUGUUUUUGAUAUGCCCGCCGAAAAAAUCACACGAAUCGCAGGAGAAUCCGAGGAGAAUCAAGCACUGCGCGAACAAUUGAACAAAAAGCUCCAGAUCUUGAGGACAGGCUAUGAGACAUGCAAACGAUUUGUCGGAAUUAGGGCCUCCGAGAUCCGAAAAGAUAGCCGAUUUUACGGCCAAGACGAUCAUGAGGGCUCCUCCGAAGGCUCUUCCAAAAUUUUGGAAGAAUUCAGCGGGCCACACGCAGCUGGACCUAUAACUGCUGGAUCUACCACGUCUACUCCUGCCGCCGGGUUUGAUGACUGCCACUUCACCCCCGAAACAACUCCAUGUUGCGAAAUAGAACCCGAGGAAGCAGAGAAAGAGAUAGGCGAUGAAACGCCACCGCAACCUGCGGCAAGUAAGGCCAAGGGGAAGAAGAAGAAAUCACGAUACAGCUCGCUAACUUGA